AUGUUUUCUUGCAGUUUCAUUCACUGUAUUUUUAUUUCUUCCCUCUUUAUUUCUCCUAAGCACCAACUUACAAUUACUUCAACUAGUAUCUAUCUAUCUAUCUAUCUAUCUAUCUAUCUAUCUAUCUAUCUAUCUAUCUCUCUCUCUCUCUCUCUCUCUAUAUAUAUAUAUAUAUAUAUAUAUAUAUAUAUAUAUAUAUAUAUAUUUUUAUUUAACUUCCCAAAUCUAUACUAUCUUUUACAUAUCUAUCUAUCUAUCUAUCUUUUUCUCUAUCUCUCUCUCUCUCUUUCUUUUCUCUCUUCUAUCUAUCUAUCUAUCUAUCUAUCUAUCUAUCUAUCUAUCUAUCUAUCCAAAACUCUUCAUUAUCUAUCGAUCUACUUCUUUUCAAAAUCUAUCUAUCUAUCUAUCUAUCUAUCUAUCUAUCUAGCUAUCUAUCUAUCUAUCUCAGUCUGUUCAUUAUCUAUCUAUCUAUCUAUCUAUCUAUCUCAGUCUGUUCAUUAUCUAUCUAUCUAUCUAUCUAUCUAUCUAUCUAGCUAUCUAUCUCAGUCUGUUCAUUAUCUAUCUAUCUAUCUAUCUAUCUAUCUCAGUCUGUUCAUUAUCUAUCUAUCUAUCUAUCUAUCUAUCUAUCUAUCUAUCUGUUCAGAUCUACAUAUCUGUUUAUAUCAAUCUAUCUAUCUAUCUUUCUAUAUCAAUCUUAUAGCAUCUAUCUAUCUAUCUAUCUAUCUAUCUAUCUAUCUAGUUCAGCAUGUUAAGUAUCUAUCUGUCAAAAUUUGUUCAUAUCUCAGUCUGUUCAUAUCUAUCUAUCUAUCUAUCUAUCUAUCUAUCUAUCUAUCUAAGUCUGUUCAUUACUCUCUCGAUCUAUAUAUUUCAAUUUGUUCAUAUCUAAGUCUGUUUAUAUCUCUGCCUCCCAAUCUAUCUAUCUAUCUAUCUAUCUAUCUAUCUAUCUAUCUAUCUAUCUAUCUAGUUGAGCCUGUUAAUUAUCUACCCGUCAAAAUUUGUUCAUAUCUAUCUAUCUAUCUAUCUAUCUAUCUAAUCUGUUUAUAUCUAUCUAUCUAUCUAUCUAUCUAUCUAUCUAUCUAUCUAUCUAUCUAUCUAUCUCAUCUGUUUAUAUCUCUUCCUCUCUGUCUGCCUAUCUAUCUAUCUAUCUAUCUAUCUAUCUAUCUAUCUAUCUAUCUAUCUAUCUCAUCUGUUUAUAUCUCUUCCUCUCUGUCUGCCUAUCUAUCUAUCUAUCUAUCUAUCUAUCUAUCUAUCUAUCUAUCUAGUUCUCAUCUGUUUAUAUCUCUGCCUAUCUAUCUAUCUAUCUAUCUAUCUAUCUAUCUAUCUAUCUAUCUAUCUAAGUCUGUUCAUUACUCUAUAUAUUUCACUUUGUUCAUAUCUAAGUCUGUUUAUAUCUCUUCCUCUCUGUCUGCCUAUCUAUCUAUCUAUCUAUCUAUCUAUCUAUCUAUCAAAAUUUUCCCUGUCUCUCAGUCACACUCUAUCUAUCUAUCUAUCUAUCUAUCUAUCUAUCUAUCUAUCUAUCUAUCUAUGUUCAUAUUGAUCUCAAAUGUUUUCAAAAUUGCCUUAUCUAUCUAUCUAUCUAUCUAUCUAUCUAUCUAUCUAUCUAUCUAUUAA